AGUAUGUAAAGGAGGCGGUGGAUGCCCGGUCGCUGCUAUUGUAUUUUUUUCUGACUGCUGAGGAGGGAGUCGGUGGUGCGCCGCCAAAAGACCUUGCGAGUGCAGUCUCGCGAAGCCCCUUGACCGUCCUCGAGGGUGCUGCGGCCGCCGAAUUGACGGCAGAACACGGCCCCCUUUCGCAGGACUGCUGUCACCUCUUUUAUUCUGCUGUUGUUUAUUUUGCAAGUUCUUGGCAGGACUGGAAGGGGCGCCAUGUUGGUACCACCGCGGGAAUUUUGAAUUUGAUCCCGAUCUGCCCCUAUCCGAGUUGAGCUGCGUUCGAAAUCGCAAACAAAGACAGGAGGUGCGGUUUUCAGGGUGAUUUUGGGGUUGUUACUGAGGGCGGGAUGGACAGCUCGAGCUUCACGUCGGGUGUGUCGAAGCAGGGAGUGGUGGAGCGGUCUCUUGGCAAAGGAAAAUCUGAGGUCAGCUUGAGCGCCUUUGCCUUGCUCUUCUCCGAGGCCGUGCAGUACUGUCAAAGCAGGGUCUACACGGUACCUGAGCUACAGAAAAGGUUGCAUGAAAUGGGUGUCGAUGUUGGAAGCCGAGUGGUCGACCUGUAUUUUGUCAGGGACAAAAGCUGCAAGCGAGAGACAAAGCUGUUGAACAUCCUUCUCUUCAUUAAGACCACUGUUUGGAAGAAUUUAUUUGGCAAAGAGGCUGACAAGUUGGAGCACGCAAACGAUGACGAGAGGACAUACUAUAUCAUUGAGAAGACGGCCCUGGUGAAUACUUUUGUGUCUGUGCCAAGGGACAAGAGCAGUUUGAACUGUGCCAUCUUCACUGCUGGGAUUGUUGAAGCCAUUCUCACCUCUUGCAAUUUUCCAGCAAAGGUGUCGGCUCAUUGGCACCAGGGAACCACCUACAUGAUCAAAUUUGAAGAGAGUGUCACCUCUAGGGACCAGCAGCUUGAGGAGAGAUAAAGCUGAGUUGUCUUCUUGUAAAUAAUUCUUACAAUUCCUCUUUAUUGUUAAAAUAAAUUCAUAAGUUUAGUUUUACGAUUAUUAUUUUGAACUUAUAGAUAGUUCAAUUUAAUGAUCACCUCAUUUGAAGGCAAUUUAGGAUUUGUGCCUGCAUUACAUCGCCUGUAAAUUUUGCAUAUUACUUAUUACUUUAUUUUUGCAUUGAUAAAUGCUUUGUAGAAUUAAUAAAAAAAAAAUAUUUAAAACCCA